AUGACCGAAACAUACCAUCAACAACACGUAUCGCUAAAUACACCCAUCAAAAAGAUUAGAGACUUGCAUUUGGAUUCAUCUCCAAUCAAUUAUGACCAUCACAAGCAACAUCAUCAACAAGAUGAUAACCACGCUCGCUAUAGCUACCAAUCUCCCACUCAGCAUUUGGCACAGCAUUUGGUACAGCAACAGCAACAGCAACAGCAACAGCAACAGCAACAGCCCCAGCACGUAACCUCCACCCUACCACCACAACCUCAACUGUCAUCAAAAAUAUAUCCAACUCUUGACCUACUGAAGUCACCAACUGAGUCAAGCAUGUUGAGCAAAGGGUACUCACACAAAUUGACCAACAAUGUACUUUCAGAAUUGCAUAUGAGAGCUCAACGAUUAACUGCGGAUACGCAUCUCCAUUCAUCGUCGCAUGUUUCAUCACUGUACGGAGUAGAUGAUCAAGUGAGCCAACGAAGAAACAAAAGGUAUAGCGGAGUACACAUGUCGAAAUUCAAACAAAUGGAAUCGAUAUCUCAUCACUACUCAGUACAUAAUAGAACCAAGACACCCUCUCCACAGAAACUGCAAGUGUCAAUGGAAGUUGAUGUGGGGGGAGGAGCAGGAACAGGAGCAGGAGCAGGAGCUGCUACUUCAUCAGCCGAACUCACUGGUAAAAAUAUUGGCAAUAUUGAAAGUGCCAGCAAGAGAAGACAAACAUUGAAUGAAAAUAAUGAAAUUACUGCAAUACCCAUCUUGCAUCAACAGCAACAACAUCAAAUGAAUUCGGAUAUACAGAACCUGCCUGAAAAUAGGAAAAUAUCGCCAAGCAAAAUAUCACCAAGUAAAGCGUCGUACAACUUGAAUUCCAUAUUGAGACAGACUACAGAGACUGGAUCGCCUAAUAAGGAAGUCUGGUCAGGAGUGGCACCACCAUCAAAAAUUGCUCCGCAGUUGAAAAAACGACCUAGCUCGUUGGAAAUGGCGGGCGUGGUAAACUCUUCUCCAACUCGUUACAAUCAAGUAGGUCCAGGGCCAUUAGAGUCGCUGAUGUUGCAAAUGGAGAAGCCAUUAAGUACUAGUGGCAAUAUACCUAGCUUGAUGAAAGAGCCGAGUAAAAGUAGAAGUGGUGGUGGGAACCCAACACAGCAUGAAGACAGCCAUCAAAGUGUGAGCAAAUUUGGCUCUUCAAGAUCAUUUACCAAGCCUAGUCAGCUUACAUAUAAUCAGCCGACGUUGAACAAAAAGCCACUGAUACCCCAAUUACAAAAGAAAUCAAGCAUCCCGCAGUUGACAAAAAAGCCACUGAUACCCCAAAUGCAACGAAAACUGAGCAUACCACAAUUGCAAAGGAAACCACUGAUACCCCAGUUCCAUCAAAACAGUACAACCAAUACAACUAUUUCAGGAAAAGGAGGAGGAUCAACAACAGUUGCCAAAACGAGUAUGCAGCCUCCCACAUCCACUACUCGUCAUCAUCAAAACAAAGUUACUCCAAUGUCAAGCAGGCAUUCCAAUGGAACACCAUCUUCUCAACCUUAUAUUUCUCGAAUGAGUCCAUCAAAAUCCUUUUCAUCGUUCAAGUCUUUGCUGCAGCUGCUGAACACAACCCACAAUGGUAGCCAUCAUCAUCUGCAAUCAAUAAAUGGUGCUACUACUAAAGAGACUACGUCAAAGCAGACAUCAUCGUUACCUAAAUCAAAGUCUGUUACUAUACCCCAACCAUUUUCCUUGUAUAACAAACCUACAAUUUCGUCAUCGCAGAAAUCAUUAAACAAGUAUCAACGAUUCAAGGAGAAGUUUCAAUAA